GGGUGGACAAGUGGUUUUUUGGCAACUGCUCGUACUCUACGCCUUCCAAAGGAAGGACCCUUCCCAUUCCCAUUCCCCAUCAUCAUCACUCCCAAUGCAUUUUUCUCCCUAAACCCCAUUUCCUCUCCUCUUUAAUAAUCUUCCCUUCCUUUGGAAUCCACAAUUUCUCUGCCCCCGCUGAAUAAUCGCUUUUUUUCACUCUACUCCUCCUUUGAUUACCUGCAUUUUGUUUAGUAAUCCAUGGCAACGCCUCACCAAACCUCUGAUCGAUCAACAUCUACUGACUUGGAUGAGGGAUUGAACAUUUUGGUUCUGGAUGCAAAGCAGAGGCUUGGUAAUCAGGAUGUGGUUGCUGUUGGUCUUAUGAGGAAUGGCGAAGAUCAGUUGGGAUCUUUGUCUUCUGUUGGAGACCCUGAGACUGCCUAUUCAUCCAAUGCUUUUGCUUCUCAUGCACAGCUCCAUAGCGAAAGUGAAGCUCUUAAAUGGGGUUCAUAUUUUCCAAAUGUUAACGCUGAAGGCUUGGAAAAUGAUUCUACUGACGUCUAUAAUGAAACUCCAUCUCUUGGACUGUAUGACUCUGGGCACAGCUCUCAAAUGCAGCAGAGACAUUUUGCUUCACUCUCAUCUCAGCUUCCUUCUGUGAUUGGCCAUAGCCAAUUGUACAAUGGAAGAUACUUCCCUACCCCAGAUCCACCCUAUCACCAGCAACUAGUUCCUCAAAGUCUUUCAUAUGCUACUUCACCAGUCUCAGUGUCUCAUUCAAAAUUUCCUGUAAACAUUGAGGUGCAGGGGGAAGAGAGGAGAUUUAUGCCAACACCAAAUUGCCUGACUCUGUUGGGAUCUUAUGGCAGAGGAAGCAACUUGUUUGGAAACUCUUCCAAGCUCAGUUUCUCAGGCCAAGGGUGUGACAGUUUUGAGGCUGCUGGAUUCCAUGCAGAUUGGUUGAAACCUUUGAAUAGCAGUUCAUUAUUCCAGUUGUCAUAUCCUGAAGCUUGUCCAGAACCAGUCACUUCCCUUGAGUUUCCCAGAAAUGAGUUUGGAUUGGGUUCUUUCCAGAAAGCAUCAUUUCAUGGGUUUGGAUCAUGCUCUAGUUUGAGCUCCAGAGGCUACUCCAAUAUUAGAAGUGAUCUAGGCUGUAGCUAUGGAAGUACAGUUGCUUCUAGCUUGGGCAUAAAUGGUAAAAGCUGGCCAACCCUUGACGAAGCAAGACAAGCAAGAAGGUGCAAUGACUUCUCAUGCAGUUGUACAGUAGCACUUGAUACGCUAAGUGAGCGAAACAGAGGACCUAGGGCAUUUAAACCAAAAGGUCAGACUGCAAAUGGGUUGGUUAUCAACAAUUGCAGGAAUGAAAAAAUUAAUGGCAUUAGCACUGGGUUAUACAACGAACAGGAUUUUAUCACUGAUUACAAGGAUGCAAGGUUCUUUGUCAUCAAAUCUUAUAGUGAAGAUAAUGUUCAUAAGAGUAUAAAGUAUGGUGUCUGGGCAAGCACUCCAAGUGGCAACAAAAAACUAGAUGCUGCUUAUCAUGAAGCAAAGGGGAAACAAAAUAUAUGCCCAGUUUUUCUGCUCUUUUCAGUGAAUGCUAGUUCUCAGUUCUGUGGAGUGGCUGAGAUGGUUGGAUCUGUGGACUUUGACAAGAGUGUGGAUUAUUGGCUUCAAGAUAAGUGGUCUGGACAUUUCCCUGUAAGAUGGCACAUUAUUAAAGAUGUUCCAAACAGUCAGUUUCGGCACAUUCUUGUCAGAAGUAAUGACAACAAGCCAGUAACUAAUAGCAGAGAUACUCAAGAGGUGGAAUUGGAACAGGGAAUUGAGAUGUUGAACAUUUUCAAAAACUAUGGAAGUUACUCAUCUAUCCUUGAUGAUUUUUACUUUUAUGAAGAGCGGCAAAAAGCAAUGCAGGAAAGGAAGUCCAGGCAGCAAGCAAGCCUGGCAGUUAGUCCAGAAGAUGUAGUUAGCGAAUCACAUUAUCCUGUUUCACUUUCUAAUGACAUUGAAAAGAAAAUGACCAAGAGCUUUGCACAGGCUGUGUUGUUGAAUGGCAAUGACAAAGAAGAUCCAGCAGCUGGAAAGGUUUUAUCCACCCUGACCUCCAGCACUGGCCGGGGCAGAUGAUAUCCGAAAUAAGCAUCUUGCCGACAACAUCAUUUGCAUCAAAUUAAUGAAAUAGGUAUCAAGUUUGCACUUCAUAUUGCCUCAUAUACCUGUAUUUGUUCGUCAUUAUAUUAUAUUAUUUAUUUUUUUCUACUAUGCUACUCCUCAAGUUUUGAGAAACUUUUACAUAUUUGGGAGAUGGUUUGAAUUGUUUUAUAGGAUUGACUUGUUUCAUAUGAUAUUAUACCAAUGAAUUUCUGCAGUAUUU